AAAAGUACAUUACAGUUGAUGUAUUUGGAAGGUGUUCGGGACAAUUUGGCAAAUCAAGAGCCUGUCCACGUGGAGCCGAAACUUGCAGAAAUAUUAUUAAACAGUACAAGUUCUACCUUAGCUUUGAAAAUGCAUUAUGCGAAGACUACAUCACUGAAAAGUACUGGGGCCGUAUAGGUAAGCAAGCUUAUUUACGAAAUAUAGGAAUUGAUGGUAGCCCAGUUUUUAGUUUAUUUAUAAAUAACAUUAUUGCUUAUGUAGGUCAGCAAGUUUUUGUUUUUGUUGUUGUUUGUUUUUUGGUGGGGGGGGGGGGUAAAGGAGGUGUAUUAUAGGCAAAAAAUAACAGAGAAGUGUCACCGCACCUCAUCCCGCCAACCCCCCUUUUUUAUAAACAAUAUUUAUUACAACAUUUGCUCUAAGAGCCUAAAGGUCUCAUCUAGAGAGCUCACGCUGUUUACAUUAAAUAUUUAAAAAAUACAAAUGCAUGUCACGAUCGAACGCACACACUCAUAAAAAAGCGAAGAAUAAAAAGAAAAAACAAAAAUAAAUAUAAAAACACACACAGCAACUAACAGAGCGAUUUGAAAAUCAGCAGUAGAAAUAUCAUUUAAGAGGCAAUCGAUGAAACAACGCCUUUCGUUUUCCCUUUGAAAUGGGUUGGACAUAGUGCGUAUUACACAUAUUAGGCCGAGCGAGCUUCAGUGGUUGAGUCCGUCAGAAAUGAAGAACGUAAAAUGUCUGAAAACGAAAAACAAAAGAUCGCUUGUGGCUUUUUCUUUUCACUUUUGCUUCUAACUGUAGAUGUCUAAGCUCGGCUCCGGUCUUGUUCGGGUGAAGGAGCGCGGGCUUAUUUUCCGAACACCGGCUGGUAAUCAAGCUUCCUACAUGUCAAGACCUGCAAGAAAAAUUCGCUACGGCUGCCUAUUUUACUAAAUACUCUAAAUCCUCUAUUUAACUCUCUGGGGGCUUAUUUCAAGCACGUAGACGGGGGGUUAAUAGAGUAGGGGGGGCUUAAUUAACUAACCGAAAUGGAGCACCAUACUGCUAUUACAAACAACCAAAGGAUGGUAUCAAUUCUCCAUAAAGAACUAGGACGCAAAGUGGAAAUACUCAAGCACAUGACGUUAGAGGUCUUGCAACCAAAGAUCAAAACAAGUCUGAACUUCCAGCAUAUGAGUUAACAGUACUGGAUCACUCCAUAUUUUAGUAAUUUUGUUGUGGAGAAUAAGGGAUGGGCCGGGGGUUAAAAGAGAGGGGUAGGCUUAAUAACUUUCUUCCCUGAAAAGGGGAGGGGCUUAUUGGAGAGGGGGGCUUAAUAGAGGAUUUACGGUAAUCAUAAAUUUUAAGUCUCAAGGCCCUUAUUUACGGUUUUCUCGUCAUUACAGGAGAUGAAAACGUCAUACCAAUAGUCUUAGGAGGCGCCAACUACAGCAAACUCGCCAUUCCAGGUUCAUAUAUUAACGUUAUGGACUUCAAGACGGUGAAACACCUUGCAGACUACCUCCACUACCUUAACAAGAACAAUACCGCCUACAAUGAAUAUUUCAGUUGGAGACAAAAAUAUCGAGUAGGCAGAGAAGGGUGGUCCUUUCUUUGCAUGUUCUGUGAAACUCUUAGAACCGAUUUCAAACAAAGAGGCCGAUAUAAAGACCUGACAGGCUACUGGGUUGGUAAAGGACGAUGC